GUAGUCUUCAAUAUUUGGAGCCAAACUUCCCUCUUUUGAAACAAACCCCUUCACUGUGGCGCCGCCCCCUCCGUUUGGGUUUCAGAGCUUGUAAGGAAGCCAGAAAGCUCUAUAUCUAGUCUUUUUUUGCUGUGAAUUCAUCUGGUACUACCGAUGAUAAAUUCUCAGCUUAGUAAUGGGACAACCAGCAACGGAACUGCUAAAAAUCUUUUGGUCGAUAAACAGCUAACUGGUGUCCCUAAGAAGAUUGCUUUAAGAGAUGUUCAGAACCAAAACGGCAGCCUGAUAACUAACCAUCGGGACAGUUCAUUAUUAUUGAGCACAAAACAUGAUUCAGAGGGAACUAGGGUCUGCGGGAAUAAGAGGCUCACUCCUGAGCGCCCUUCAAGUCCUGUUUGCCAUCUGUCAUUAGCCAGUAAUGGGGCAAAUGAUCAUAUAAUCAAUGCCCGGAGACGAAUUGAAUUAGAACUCGGUAGAGGAAGAACUCAAAAUGACUUGGAAAAAUAUGUAGAGUCAAUCCCUGCAAAGCGUGUGUGCCAACCACAAAAGGAAGUUCCUCCAAAGGCAAAUCAGCUGAAAGAGAACAAUGUCAACAAUGCUUCUAUAACCGUGCCAGAUAAUAUUAUUUCAGCUGGAAAGUCUAAUAAUAGGCUCCCACGGUCUGCUCAAGCUGAUUCUGCCAAGCUCAUUUCUGAUAAGUCCCUGUCACUUGAUUUCAUGGUGGCUGACGAUCAGCAGCGGACAGCACGUUUUGCUCGCCUGCAAAUGUUAUUGAAGAAGUGUGAUGAGUCUGACUAUAGUGAUUAUAUUCAGAUGCUUCUACAUCUUUCACCUAGUGAGCUCAGCAGACACGCUGUUGAUCUGGAGAAAAGAGCCAUCCAAUUGGCUAUUGAUGAAGGAAAGGAAAUAAACCGAGGGAAAACGCUAAAUAUUCUCGGGAAAUCUCCUCCAGAUCCCACAUUGUUGCAAACAGCACCGUUGCUUCAGUCCAAACACGAACAUUAGCCAAGUUCUUGCAAUCAUGUUCAUCCUGCUUGUGAUUUUUGUUUUCAUGUAGAGAGCGAUCAUUAUCGUCACAUGGAGUUAGUUUUUUGGUUUUUUUUGGAGCAUGCUAGAAAUCCACCAUGGGUGCUCCCACGGAUGACAAUCACAGAUAAUUUAUACAUACACACACAUCAUCUGUGUUUACAAAAUGAUUAUCGUCUAUGUAUAAAUCACCUGUGAUUGU